GGUACUUAUUCCUUAUAGUUACACCAAACGAACGACCUGUGUAAUAAAUAAAUCAAGUAUACGCGACCGCUUCCCUAGAUUCUAUACCCUAUUCUAUAGUUGCGUGCACGUACAUAUGGAAAAGUCAAAAUAUUGCAAAGUGAGUAUUACAAUAUGCCAUUUUCCAAACCAACAGAGUGUGAAAACCUGCAAAACUGCAUAGCACUAAAUAGAAAAUAUACAACAACUCCUUGACUCGAUACGUAAAGAAUGAAUAUUAGUGUAACUCAACUCAAAAGCUAGUUUAUAAAGGGAGUAUUGCUCAAGAUUGGCCGAUCCAAUAAGUCAAACUUCAAUGUGGAUUUAGAUUGAAAUCUCAAGUCCCAGGUGAAAAUUUGAAAUUAAAAAAUUGCUAAAAAGGGAAGGAUCAUUCUUUUUAAAAUGGACUAGAAGAAAAGUAGUUCAAAUGAAUUGAAACAAGAGUACUAUAAUUAGUACUACUGACUAUAGUGGUGGACAAUUGCUCCUAGUGAUGAUGAAUUUUGAUGGGCAACUGCUGCUGAACUUGGUACAUUUUGUUGGGCAACUGCUAAAUUUUGCUAGGCAACUGCUAUUGAACAUAGUAGAUUUUGUUGGACAAGUGCUAUUGAAUCUAGUAGAUUUUGGUGGGCAGUUGCUACUGAAGCUAAUAGAUUUUGGUGGGCAAUUUCUAAAUUUUUGUUGGGAACUGCUACCGAUGCUGGUAAGUUUUGCUUGGCAACUGCUACUUAACCUAGUAAAUUUUGGUGGGCGACUACUAAAUUUUUCUUGGCAAUUGCUACUAUAUGUGGUAGAUUUUGUUGGGCAACUGCUAUUGAACAUAGUAGAUUAUGUUGGACCAGUGCUACUGAAUCUGUUAGAUUUUGGUGGGCAACAACUACAGAACCUAGUAGGUUUUGGGGGGCAACUACUAAAUUUUGGUUGGGAACUGCUACUGAAGCUUGUUAAUUUUGCUUGGCAACUUCUACUUAACCUAGUCGAUUAUGGUGGGCAAUUACUAAAUUUUGCUGGGCAACUGCUACUGUACCUAGUAAAUUUUGGUGGACGACUACUAAAUUUCGCUUGGCAACUGCUACUGUACCUGAUAGAAUUUUUUGGGCAACUGCUAUUGAACCUGAUCAACUUUGGUGAGGAACUGCUACCGAAGUUGGUAAAUUUUGGUGGGCAACUACUCAAUUUUGUUGGGCAACUGUUACUGAACUUAGUAAAUUUUGGAGGACGACUACUAAAUCAUGCUUCGCAACUGCUACUGUAUCUGGUAGAUUAUGUUACGCAAAUGCUAUUGAACAUAGUAGAUUAUGUUGGACAAGUGCUACUGAAUCUGGUAGAUUUUUGUGGGCAACUGCUACUGAACCUAGUAGAUUUUGGUGGGCAACUACUAAAUUUUGGUUGGGAACUACUACCAAAGCUGGUAAGUUUUGCUUGGCAACUGCUACUUAACCUAGUAAGUUAUGGUGGGCAACUACUAAAUUUUGUUGGGGAACUACUACUGUACCUAGUAAAUUUUGGUGGGCGACAACUAAAUUUUGCUUGGAAACUGCUACUGUACUUGGUGGAUUUUGUUGGGCAACUGCUACUGCACCUGGUCAACUUUGGUGGGGAGCUGCUACUGAAGUUGGUAAAUUUUAGUGGGCAACUACUAAAGUUUGCUUGGGAAUUGUCACUAAAGUCGGUAAAUUUUGGUGGACAAUUACUAUUGAACUUGGUAAAUUUUGGUGGGCAACUGCUAUUGAAGCUGGUAAGUUUUGGUGAGCAUCUGCUAAAUUUGGGUGGGCAACUGCUAUCAAAGCUGGUACAUUUCGGUUGGCAACUGCUUCUGUACCUGGUAAAUUUUGGUUGGCAACUACUAAUUUUUGUUGGGGAACUGCUACAUAAGCUGGUAAAUUUUGGUUGGCAAUUUCUACUACGCCUGGUAUAUUUUGGUGGGUUACUGCUGCAAAACCUAGUAAAUUUUGGGGUGAAACUGCUGCAGAAGCUGGUGAAUUUUGGUGGGCAAGAGUUACCGGGGCUCAAAAAUUUCGAUUGCCAACUGCUAUUGUCGUUGCAGAAUUUUUUCGAGCAAGUGUCAUUAACACUUAAGAAUUUUGGUUGGCAACUUGUGAAUUGGUUCCAAAGGAUCAAUUACUGGCUUUACAUAGCCUUACCCUAUCUCAUAAUUAUCGCACCGAUUCUAGCUCUCUACAUAUAUUAUUGCUACCGCCUUAAUAGAUUGCUACUCGAGGAAGAAGAAGCCAGGAAGUUGAAGGAGUUGCUGAAAAGAGAGGAGGCUGAAAGAAAGCGUUUAUCAGAAUUGGAGAAGAGACAAAAGCAUGAGGAGGAAAUGAGAGAAACUCAAAAGAAGGAAGAAGAGGCCAAGGACCUAGAGAAUAUGAAGUUGAAGGAGCAGAUACGAGCCGAAGUUGGAAAGGAACUCAGUAAGCUUGAAAUGAUGUGCUGUGAUAUGGCUUCAGUGUUGCGUGGAUUGGGAAUAACUGUUGGUAAUGGCACUAACCGUCAGGAAGAAGAAGCCAAGAAGUUGAAGAAGUUGCUGAAAAGAGAGGAGGCUGAACGUAUUCAUUUAGCAGAACUCGAGAAGAGGAAAAAGCAACGUGUGGAGGAAAUGAGAGAAACUCAAGAGAAGGACCUUGAGAAUAUGAAGUUGAAGGAGCAGAUACGAGCUGAAGUUGGAAAGGAAUUAAGUGAGCUUGAAACGACGUCCUGUGAUAUGGCUUCAGUAUUACACAGAUUGGGAAUCACUGUUGGUAAUGGCACUAGUCAUGAGGUGCGCGUUGCUUACAAAAAAGAGUUGAUGAAAUUUCACCCGGAUAAAGCUUCAACAUCUGAUAUACGACAGCAAGUUGAAGCUGAGGAGAAAUUUAAGCUUAUUUCUCGAAUUAAGGACAAAUACUUGCCAACUUUGUGACAGUGACAUAGGAUAUCAAUGUACUUUGUUCUGUAUAAAAACAUAGUAACAUUUUAGGAUAGAAAUUUUGUGUAUGCCUUCAAUGCUUGAGCUCUUCUCUCUAUGUGGAAAGUUGCACUCAAAUGCAGAAAGGUUUUUAUUUAGCGGAAUGACCUGGGAGGCCUUUGUACUUGUCCCGGAUUGUCAUCCCGACCCCUGCACUCCCUACUUUGCUAACUGAAUACUUAAAACUCUUCGAAACUCAACAUUUAAUUAUUAAUUUUGAUCAGCCCUUAGUUA